UAAACUCUUCUGGCGAUCAAUAAUCGACGGUUGUUAUUUCAUAGCAACUUUAUUUCUUUCCUCCAAGCUUGAGUUUGACGGCUACGUUUCUCAAAUCAGAUCGGCUUCCCUUUUCCCCAUCGUCUUUGCCUCUACCCUCCACCACUCGUAAAAGGUAUUCAUAUUCGGGGAAAUGGCAGAAUCAAAACCAGGACUAAGGAAACCGGUAUUUACCAAGAUUGACCAACUUCGGCCGGGCACUAGUGGCCACACUCUUACAGUCAAGGUUGUGAAUACGAAAAUGGUAUUGCAAAAGGGUCGUCCUGAUGGUCCUCAAGCCCGUCAGAUGCGAAUUGCUGAAUGCUUAGUGGGUGAUGAGACUGGAAUGAUUAUAUUUACUGCCAGAAAUGAUCAAGUGGAUUUGAUGAAAGAAGGUGCUACUAUAACCUUGCGCAAUGCUAAGAUAGACAUGUUUAAAGGAUCAAUGAGACUUGCUGUGGACAGGUGGGGCCGAGUUGAAGUUACUGAGCCUGCCACUUUCACUGUUAAGGAAGAUAACAAUCUUUCACUCAUUGAAUAUGAACUUGUGAAUGUCGUGGAAGAGUGAAGUUUGUGAUCGUGUUCAUUUUCCUGCUGCAACCUGACCAUAAAAUAAAACAAUCAAGCUACAAAAUCACAAGUUUCCGUUGGGGUACUGAAAAUGCUCGCAAAAGUUCAUUAUUAGGGAAUAGAAUUCUGGAGGCCAGUAAUACGAAAGUUGAUUUUCAUCCCUGCAGCCUAUUGGUGGAACCGUUGUUGGGAUCUACAAACAGGUGGGUAAUGGCUUAGUUGAUGGAAGAAGGCUUAGCUGGCUUUUUUAUUCUUCUUUUGUCUAGUAUUUUAUUGCUUACGAACGCACUUUAUGAUGUUCUUGAACUAUCAUCACAUGACAAGACUAGCCUUGCUCCGUUAAAACUUAUGUUUAUCUUUAUAAUUCAAGGUCCAUGCCAACUUAACUA